AUGUUCAAGUUUGUGCUUAUCGCCGCGUGCGUCGCCGCCGCCAACGCUGGACACCUCGGCCACGCCGUAGCCACCUACAGUGCCCCGGUCGCCUACUCCAGCUCCAGCCUGGUCAAGACCACGCACUCCGUGCCCCACCUCAGCUACAGCAGCUACGCCGCACCGACCCUGGUCAAGCACGCCGCUCCCCUGGCCUACGCCGCCCACGCUACCCCUCUGGCCUACUCCAGCUCCAGCUUCCACAGGACCAGCCACUCCGUGCCUCAUCUCAGCUACGCCACCACCUACGCCGCACCAGCUCCCAUCGUCAAGUCGGCCCACCUCGCCUACGCCGCCCACGCCACUCCCCUGGCCUACUCUGCUCACCCAGCUCCCCUGGCCUACUCUGCUCACGCAGCUCCUCUGGCCUACAGCAGCUACGCCGCACCAGCUCUCUACAAGACCUACUCUGCCCCUGCCUGCGGCAGCAUAGGUGUAGGAAGAGACAACCGGGCUCUUGAUGACGGUCUGGUGCUGGUAGCUGGUGGCAACCGGGACGAGGCGAGCGUGACGCGCGUAACGAUCGUGGCGUACCUGCAACGAUGCUUUCGCCGCGGCGGGAGCAAGGGUGGCGCGACGCGGGGCCUUGGCAGUGGCCGCGCAAUCGCCUGCUAUAAAAGCGCCGGGGCCCGCUGGCUAGGCACCAUUCGCACUUCAGCACCGAAGCACGAAACCUCCUCACACAUCAACAUGUUCAAGAUCGCCGUCUUCCUCGCCCUCGUGGCCUGCGCCUUCGCCGCACCCAAGCCCGGCGCCAUCCUGGCCGAGCCCGUCAUCGCCGCCGCACCAGCCGUUGCCACCGUCGCUCACGCUCUCCCGGUCGCCACCAGCUACGCCAACACCUACAAGGUCUCCUACAAGAGCCCCGCUCUCGUCUCCACCUACGCCGCGGCCCCGGCCAUCGCCACCUACGCCGCCGCCCCGGCCUACGCCACCUACCACCACGCUCCUCUGGCUUACGCCGCGCCCGCGGCUCCCCUCGCCUACGCCGCCGCCCCCAUCUGGUAA